CGGCCCUGUUUUCAUAAACUUGCUUUCUUCUUCCUCCUCCCUUUCUCCUACCUAUUCACUGCUCUUGCUCACCCCAACCCACGAUCUCGAUCUUGGUAGCCACACUGCUCCGACUUGGGGCUCACCACAUCCAUAUUUAACCCACCGCCACAACCCAAAACUACCGUCAGGAUGGGAUUCUCUGAGGGCAACUCCAAGAACGGCGCCAAGCUGUUCAAGACUCGCUGCGAGCAGUGCCACACCGUCGACGCGUCGGGCGGCAACAAGAUCGGCCCCGCGCUGCACGGCCUGUUCGGCCGCAAGACGGGCUCGGUCGACGGCUACGCCUACACCGACGCCAACAAGCAGAAGGGCAUCACGUGGAACGAGGACACCCUGUUCGACUACCUCGAGAACCCCAAGAAGUACAUCCCUGGCACCAAGAUGGCCUUUGGCGGCCUGAAGAAGGAGAAGGACCGAAAUGACCUGAUCACUUUCCUCAAGGAGAGCACCCAAUAAGAUACCCGGCGUUCGCGACCCGGCCGCGGGCUUGUAUUUUUAGAGCGUUUUAGAAGGAGAAAAAGGAGGCUUCAUUUUUGUCAUGACUUAAAACGCAUUAGAGACUCUUUUUUUCCUUCAAAGAGAAGGAGGCUGGCUAGCGGGCGGGCGCAACCUUUCUGUAUCACUAUAGACUAGACGUAGUUUCACGGCAUCGCUUCGUCAACGUCACGAAAGAAAUAAUUCCCCUCUAACCCGG